AUGCUGGUGCGAUCACAUUAUCCCAGGAAGAAAUCAUUGAGAAAAGGUUUAAGGAGUCUCCUGCGUGGACCUCUGGAGAAACGUGUGAAGCCUUCGCGGACCGAACUCGAGAAGGCAGAGAAGGAGAAGAAGAAAAAGGAGAAAAAGAAGGGAAAGACACGUCCCCGAGGAUCAGAAUCAUCGUCAUCGUCAACGGCAUCGGCAGCAAAUCCUUCGAUACCCUCCGAAGUAGAAAGACUCACAGGCCUCGCCCCAGAAACAUAUCUGUUACCAGAAGCACUGAGCCCUCUUUUAGAGAGCAACGUCGAGACCCCAGGAGAUCAGAAGCAGGCAUUUAUUGCUACAAAAGACAGUAACAUCGGCGCGUCCAACAUCACAGCCGUCGACCCUCGGGGUCAAUCUCAGACACGGCCCCAUUAUCCUUUGGAAUACAACACUCUCUUUAACUCAGCUCCCUAUUCUGAGCCAUAUUCUUUACCAAUAUCAGAGCAGGACAUCCAGUAUACUGCUCCCAGUUUUAUCUCCACUAUAACCCAAGCAUCGGACUUGGAGUUUGAUAUCAAUGACAGCAUUCCUCUGCCAGAGUCAACUCAAUCCUGGACUCAAUUUGGUGCUCCCUCUAUUCAUAACCCUCUAGUGCCAGACUACACCCAAGACUUUGGUAGCCACUCCGGCCUUACUUGGCCUUCAGACAUGGGACAAGACGUGCAGCAUGAACUACCGCCACCUGCCCUCGAUAUCUCCUCCUCUUCUUCUGCUGGUCAGGAUUUGAGUCUGGUCAAAGCAACAUAUGAUGGCGGCUGUUCAUCCCACCAAGUGGUCGCAUACGAUGACGGUUUGGACCACAGCUUCAUAGCCCAAAGUUCUCUUGAAAUGCUCCAACAUUCGUUUCCUAUACAAGUUUUAAGUCGUCCACCAGGAACCAGCGAAAAGACGAAAUGUCCCAGUGGUGCGUUUAUCGAUAUUGAACAAAUCCUGUACGCCUGGGUAGAGUUCGAGUCUCAUCACCUCCCAUACCCUCCUAUCCGACUAUACUUCGUCGUAUACAAUGACUUUAUAGGCGACGAUGGUAUCCAUUUAACCUUGGGCCGUGAUUGGGUCAGAAAAGUCGAACAGGCCUGUCUUCAGAUGGGUUAA